AUGAAGUACCCUCUGGUUCCUUUAGUGAAUGACCAGACCUUUCAUCUUCUUUUCUUCUGGCUUUGUUUGCCAUUUGUAAUGCUGUUGAUCAUAAUCAUUAUCUGGCUACAACUUCUACUUAAUGAAGUACAGGCUCCUAAUGCAGAAGAAAUCAAGGAACAAUAUUCUGAUGAGCCUGAUUCUGACUCUAAAUUUGAGGAUGAUCUAACAGAGGAAGAAAACCAGAAUGAUUCAUCCAGCAUAGAAACACAAGAGGAGAUGCAAUCCAGGGGAUCUCUGGGUAAACUGAAGCCAAAACCGGCUUAUCUGAGUUCAAAACUGAAAAGCCAAAAACCAAGUUUUCUUGCCGCAAUCUCAAACAGCUGGUCUCAGAGCCAGAAGAUAAGACGUUCCCGUGUUGAGAAGAAUGUUCUCUGCAACAUUGUGAUGCUCCUGUGCACCAUGCUUUCUUCUCUCAUCUGGAACUUUGUCUGCCAGUUGUUCCACAUCUCUAAUGUCCUGAGGAUUCUACUGCUGCCAUCCUCUCUGAUUAUCUCCAUGGCUCAGCUGUUUGUUUUGCUGUCUGUGAAAAUCCUUGGCUCCCUGAGGCUGGAAGUCAGGGGUCUGUUGGCUUCAGUCUUGGGGAGGAGAUAUAAGUGAACUGGAACAGA